UUCUUCUUCUUCUUCGUUGUAUUUUUCUUUGUUUUCUGGUUGUUUUGCAAAUAGCAGUAGCUUUAUUUCUCAUACAUCUCUACACUUGUGUAUGUGUUGAUACUCAGCAGAAGAUUAGGAAGCCCUAGAGAAAUUGUGUUGUAAUUUGGUUACAUAUAAUGGAAGCCAAACCCAAGAUUAACGGCGGAGUAAAAGAUGGAAAACAGAAUCGGAGUACGCCGGCAAUCAAUGGUCCAACCAAUCCAAUGGUUACGCCACUCCUUACAGAUCUUUAUCAGUUCACCAUGGCUUAUGCUUAUUGGAAAGCCGGCAAACAUAACGACCGUGCUGUGUUUGACUUAUAUUUUCGAAGGAACCCGUUUGGUGGUGAAUAUACGGUUUUUGCAGGUCUCGAAGAGUGCGUAAGGUUCAUUGCUAAUUUUAAAUUAUCGAAGGAAGAGAUUGCUUUUGUUCGAGAAUGUUUAUCUCCUACAUGUGAGGAUGGCUUCUUUGAUUAUCUAGGAGGAAUCGAUUGUUCUGAUGUUGAGGUAUAUGCUAUUGCUGAGGGAUCUGUCGUCUUCCCUAAAGUACCCUUGAUGAGGAUUGAAGGCCCUGUGGCUGCGGUUCAACUGUUGGAAACUCCUUUUGUGAAUCUUAUAAAUUACGCUUCUCUAGUCACUACAAAUGCUGCAAGGCACCGUUUUGUUGCUGGAAAAUCCAAACUUCUUCUUGAGUUUGGACUUCGGCGGGCACAGGGCCCAGAUGGUGGCAUAGGGGCAUCGAGGUAUUGCUACAUGGGAGGAUUUGAUGCAACAAGCAAUUGUGCAGCUGGAAAAUUAUUUGGAAUACCACUCCGGGGAACUCAUUCUCAUGCUUUUGUCAGCUCGUUCACGGGACCUGAUGAGAUUACAAAGAAGUCCCUGAAAUCUCAAGAUGGAUCAAGAGUAUGCAAGGAUUUUGUUAGUCUCACACAGACGUGGUUAAGCAAACUGAAGCGGCUAAGUUUAUCAGAAGGCGUUUUUGGGGAGACUAAUCAAAGUGAACUAGCAGCUUUUGUUUCAUAUGCCCUAGCAUUUCCCGACAAAUUUCUGGCUCUUGUGGACACUUAUGAUGUGAUGCGGAGUGGUGUUCCUAAUUUUUGUGCUGUUGCUCUAGCACUAAAUGAUAUGGGGUACAAAGCGAAGGGCAUUAGAUUAGACUCUGGUGACCUUGCUUAUCUGUCAUGUGAGGCCAGAAAGUUUUUUCACAAUGUGGAAAAAGAAUUUCAGGUUCUGGGUUUUGGAAAGACUAGUAUUACUGCUAGCAAUGACCUUAAUGAGGAAACUUUAGAUGCUUUAAACAAACAGGGCCAUGAGGUCGACUCCUUUGGUAUCGGGACCUAUUUGGUCACAUGCUUUGCUCAACCUGCUCUAGGUUGUGUGUUCAAGCUUGUUGAGAUAAAUGACCAGCCCCGUAUAAAGCUGUCAGAAGAUGUCUCAAAGGUCUCCAUUCCAUGUAAAAAGCGGUCUUUCAGAUUGUAUGGCAAGGAAGGUUAUGCCCUUGUAGAUAUAAUGUCCGGGGAAAAUGAACCACCUCCAAAGGUAGGGCAAAGGAUUUUAUGCCGACACCCAUUUAAUGAAUCAAAGAGAGCAUAUGUGGUACCACAGCGUGUUGAGGAUCUCAUGAAGUGUUAUUGGCCUGGAAGUGCAGAGAAAAAAAGAGAAGAGUUGCCAACGCUCGAGCAGAUCAGAGAUCACUGUAUGAAGCAACUGGAGCAUAUGCGGACUGAUCACAUGAGAAGACUCAAUCCAACCCCCUACAAGGUUAGUGUAAGCGCAAAGUUGUACGAGUUCAUUCAUUUCCUAUGGCUUAACGAAGCACCUGUCGGGGAGUUGCAGUAGUAAAGGACAGAUGUACACAUCACCAUCACCAUAAUAAACUCACUUCCUUCAAUACAUAAUCAUAGUUUUUAUUUUUCAAGACUUUUUCUUGUACUGCUAUGCUACCAUAUACAUUAAUUAAUCAAUUAAUUAAUAAAGAUUUAAAU